AUGCAACGUUGCAAGGAGGUGCCGAACAACUUGAGGAAGGUAUUGGGCCUUCCCAAGAAGUUCUUGCAGCGACGGAGCACGGAAAGCAACGAACUCUCGGCAAUCAUGCCUUCUGCUUUGGAGACAGCGGUGACUGACAUCCUGGCUGAAAGGGCUGAGCGGGGAGAAGAGAUCAACUAUCACUUUGUGGCUGAUGUUCUUAAGAUUGGCAUCGAACAGUACAACCACGCAGUGAUCAAGCUCAAGGAAGAGUUGGCAGAUCCCGUGAAGCUCCUUGCAAUGCUUGAAGACCAUGUGCAGAAUUUGCCUGAGGGAGCCAGCGAAGAAUGCAUCAAUAAAGAGCUUGGCAAAGCCCGUGACAGAAUCUGCUCUCGGCUCACAGAGAUUGGUUGGCGUGAGAGCAGUGGAAACUUUGUGAGCGAUGCAUAUGCAUUGGAAUCGCUGAAUUCCUUUAAGAUCAGCAAGGUUCCUGAGAUGAACACCACGGAAGAGGAAGCUGCUACAUUAGACAUGCUCCGGUCUACCCCCAUGAAAGAUGAAAGGCAAGUGCUUUGGGCGAUUCAAGACGGAGACGAUGUGGCCACCAGACAGUCACUGCCAUCAUGGAUGUGGCCAGCCAUAGAAGAAAAAGUGGUCGGCUGGGUGCAGGAGAAGCAGAAUUGGAACCACAAGAUUGCAGCCCGCCAUGCAGUUGACAAGGAGUUGACACCUGCGCAGCAAAGUGCCUAUGAUCAGUUUGUGGCUCAAAGAAGUGAGUGCGCACUAUUAUUCAGCAUGACCAAGCAAGCCCUGGUGACCCGUGUGAGAAGUAAUGCGGACUUGGACAAACUUCGAGCCGAGUGCUUCUCAAUAGUGAUUUUGCUUUCAUCGGAACCAGAGAAAUUGCUGAUCAAAACAGGCCAUGGAGAUCAGAAGCGUUUGCUUCUUUUGCAAGGUGAGCCAACUACUACAGAGGUGGUGCCUGAUUGCCUUGCGUCUGGAGGAAUAUCUGGCUCCUUUGAGGCAUUUGCCAAGCGUCAAGAAGACGGUGACAAUGAAGAGGAGGAAGAUGACGGCCAGCAAGAAGAUGUUGGUGCACUUCAAGAGCAAAUGGUUCUAGAGGCUGGGGAGGCCGAUGCUCUACAGAUUCUGGCAUUUAGCGAUGAGGAAGAGGAUUUGAAAGACUUGGUUCUGACAAAUCUGUCGGGCAGCAAGCCAGCCAUUCAGCGAGUGAAGGACUUUGCUUCUCGCGAAGCUUACACCUACUUCGAAAAGGAUAACCUGACCCAGAUCCCGCCAAAUUCCUGCAUCGGCUAUCACAAGACGACCAGGACAUGGCAGGGAUACUUUGAGAGGUCCAGUGUUGGCCUUACUUUCACACAUGGUGGAAGCACUUCACGGAGCGAGAAGGAAGCGCUCCUAGCCGUGCUGGUCGGUUUGGCACAAAAGCAUUGCGACAAAUAUACAAGGGAUCGUUUGUGGGCAUCUCAGUUGGAGAAACUGAAGAAAGUGAGUUCAACGCAGGCUGUGCUUUGA